GGCCGGGCGGCCGCGGGGGUGGAGGGCGGGUCGCCCCGCCCGCCGCUCCUCCCCGCGCGCCCGAGGCCGGGGUCUCCCUGCGGUGUCGCGCGCCCCGACCCACCCAGCCGGGCCGGGCCAGGGUCCUCGGGGUCCCCAGGGUCCCGCGCGCCUGCCCCGCAGCUCCCCGCCCGGAGGGAGGAGGGCGCGCCGAGAGCCCGGCCUCCGCGCAGGGUCAGGUCACCCCGAGUGAGCAGAGGCCCGGCGGGGGCCCCGGCGGUGCUGGCGGCGGCGCGAUGGAGGCCAAGAGCCUGGAGGGCGCGCAGGCCGACCUCAAACUCGUGGCGCACCCUCGCGCUAAGAGCAAGGUGUGGCGGUACUUCGGCUUCGACACCAACGCCGAGGGCUGCAUCCUGCAGUGGAAGAAGAUUUACUGCCGCAUCUGUAUGGCGCAGAUCGCCUACUCCGGCAACACGUCCAAUCUCUCGUACCACCUGGAGAAGAACCACCCGGACGAGUUCUGUGAGUUCGUCAAGAGCAACACGGAGCAGAUGCGCGAGGCCUUCGCCAGCGCCUUCUCCAAGCUCAAGCCCGACGCGGCGCAGCAGAGCGCGCAGGAACCGCUGGCCGCCAAGGGCGCGCACGGCCACGAGGGCCGCAAGCAGCAGGAGCUGACGGCCGCCGUCCUGGGCCUCAUCUGCGAGGGGCUGUACCCCGCGUCCAUCGUGGACGAGCCCACCUUCAGGGGGCUGCUGAAGACGGCCGAGCCGCGCUACGAGCUGCCCAGCCGCAAGUUCUUCUGCAGCAAGGCCAUCCCCGAGCGCUACGGCGCCGUGCGCGACGCGGUGCUCAAGGAGCUGGCGGAGGCCGCGUGGUGCGGCGUCUCCACGGACCUGUGGCGCAGCCCCAGCCAGAACCGGACCUACGUGACCCUGGCCGCGCACUUCCUCUCCGGCGGCGGCGGCUGUGGCGGCGGCGGCGGGGCCGCCCCGCAAGGCCUGGCCCUGGGCUCCCGCUGCCUCAAGACCUUCGAGGUGCCCGAGGACAACGCGGCCGAGACCAUCACCCGCGUCCUGUACGAGGCCUUCAUCGAGUGGGGCGUCAGCUCCAAGGUGUUCGGCGCCACCACGGACCGCGGCAAGGACGUCGCCAAGGCCUGCUCGCUGCUGGACAUUACCGUGCAGAUGCCCUGCCUGGCGCACACGUUCGACGCCGGCCUCCAGCAGGCCUUCCGGCUGCCCAAGCUGGGCGCGCUGCUGGCCCGCUGCCGCAAGCUGGUGGAGUACUUCCAGCAGUCCACCGUGGCCAUGUACCUGCUGUACGAGAAGCAGAAGCAGCAGCACGCCGCGCCCUGCAUGCUGGUCAGCGACCGGGUGGCCUGGUGGGGCAGCACGCUGGCCAUGCUGCAGCGGCUCAAGGACCAGCAGUUCGCCAUCGCCGGCGUCCUGCUGGAGGACAGCAACAACCACCACCUGAUGCUGGAGGCGGCCGAGUGGGCCAGCAUCGAGGGGCUGGUGGACCUGCUGCAGCCCUUCAAGCAGGUGGCCGAGAUGCUGUCGGCCUCCAGGCACCCGACCAUCAGCAUGGUGAAGCCUCUGCUGCACAUGCUCCUCAAUACCACCCUGACCAUCAAGGAGACGGACUCCAAGGAGAUCAGCAUGGCCAAGGAGGUCAUUGCCAAGGAGCUCUCCAAGACCUACCAGGAGAUGCCCGAGAUCGACAUGUUUCUCAACGUGGCCACCUUCCUGGACCCGCGCUACAAGCGGCUGCCCUUCCUGUCGGCCUUCGAGAGGCAGCAGGUGGAAAACAGGGUGGUGGAGGAAGCCAAGGGGCUCCUGGACAAGGUCAAGGACGGCAGCUACCGCGGCGCUCCCGAGGACAAGCCCUACCCGAUGCCCGAGGAGCCCCCGGCCAAGAAGCCGGCGCUGUCGCCCACGCCGCCGCCCACCAGCGUCAUCAACACCAUGCUGGCCGAGAUCUUCUGCCCCACGGGGGGCGUGGAGGACCAGGAGGAGUGGCACGCGCAGGUGGUGGAGGAGCUGAGCAACUUCAAGUCCCAGAAGGUGCUGGGACUCAACGAGGACCCCCUCAAGUGGUGGUCCGACCGCCUGGCCCUCUUCCCCGUGCUGCCCAAGGUGCUGCAGAAGUACUGGUGCGUGGCGGCCACGCGCGUCUUCCCCGAGCGCCUCUUCUGCUCCGCGGCCAACGCGGUGCACGCCAAGCGCAACCGCCUGGCCCCCGCGCACGUGGACGAGCAGAUCUUCCUGUACGAGAACGCGCGCGCUGCCGCCGCCGCCGCCGCCGCCGAGCCCGAGCUGGAGGACGAGGACGAGGGCGAGUGGGGCCUGGACCACGAGCAGGUGUUCCCGCUGGGGGAUGCCGUCCACGCCGGCUAUUUCGGCCUCCGGGACGGCGGCUUCGUGUAGCCGGGGGAAACCUGCGUCCUGGCGGCCGCGGCCGAUGGUCUGCUGUCAGGAGGGACCCCCGCGGGGGGUGGGCGCACCACCGGGACUUCAGGAAACGUGGGAGAGGAGAGCCGCACCUGGGGGUCGUUGCCAAGUGACAGCGGAAGCGUUGGGCGCUCCGGGGCACAGAGGGGCGCCGCAAGGGACCCACUGGCUGGAGAUGGACCUUUCGGUGGCCUAGAAGCCAGAGAUGGGGCUUCGAGGGGCCCAGAGGCUGGAGAUGGACUCUAGCGUGACCCCCAAAGAGAUGGGUGGGGCUUUGGGCGGCCCGAAGCUGGACGAAAGACUGUUUUCUCUUUUCUGCGGCGGGCGGCGGUGGUGGUGGUGGUGGGGGGGUGCCUUGCUUCACAGCCAAAGGGAAAGAAGUGACUUAAAAAAUGUCUCGCUGCCUGACCAUAGGAUGGCAGGUACUGAGCUCCCCCGCGGAAGAAGCCCAGCUGGGAGUGUUUGCUUCCUGCUAAUUCCACACCCGCGGCGUUUGUGCAGGGAAAGUCUGGGUACAUUGGAGAGGAAUGGAAGCCUGGGCGCCCGGGAGGACCAAACCCCUCUGUCUGCUCCCGAGGCAGCCCCUCUGGAUGGGUGCCCUCUGUCGGUGAAGAAACACGGUUUUACAUUUUAAUUUCAGUGGGAACUUUGCCGCUGGGCUGGGGAGAGACACAUGUUAGCCAGAAACCCUCUUUUCGAGAGAGACGGGUUUCAUGGUGGAAAAUGUUAAAACUGGAGCCCGCAUUGCCAUUGCGUGUAAAAAAAGCAGAAAAGCGAUGUUGGGUGCGUUAUGUUCUGCCAUUGAUGAGUCUUUUUUUGCCCCCCUUGUCUGAAUUCACAGUCCAGGCAGCCUCCUCGCUCACAGGUCUUGUGUUGUUGCGUUUUAGGGCUGCACCCGCGGCGUAUGGAAGGUCGCAGUUCCCAGGCUAGGGGUCCCAUCGGAGCUGCGGCUGCCAGUCUGCACCACAGCUCAUGCCAACAUCGGCUCCUUGACCCACUGAGGCGAGGCCAGGAGUCGAACCCACAUCCUCACGGAUACCACUCGGAUGCGUUCCUGCUAUGCCACAGCGGGACAUCCUGUAGCUCAUGGGUCUUGAGGUGGUUUAUUUGGGUGUAUCUGAUGCUUAAGAGGUCUGGUUUCCCUGGACUCACUCUCUGGAGAUGAAAACAGAGAAGGAGGCAGUUCCUGCCAUGGCACAAUGGGAUCGGCCGUGUCUCUGCAGCACCAGGACGCAGGCUUGAUCCCCAGCCCUGCACAGGGGGUUAAGGAUCCCGCGUUGCUGCAGCUGCAGUGUAGGUUACACCUGUGGCUCGGAUCUGAUCCCCUAGCCUGGGAAGUCUAUAUGCUGAGGGGUGGCCAAAAAAGAAAAAAAAAAAAAAAGACCCCCCCCCCAAAAAAAAACCCCAGCUUUAAAAUACAAAAGACCCUAUCGUGCCCACAGCCAGCGCUGCAGCAUUAUUUACCGUAAAGGGCUCUUGAAUUUUCUUUUUUAAAUGCAGCACCAUGGGGGCCAUUGAUUUAAAACUAUUACCAGGGAGGAGUUCCCUGGUGGUACAGUGGGUUAAGGACCUGGCAUUGUCACUGCUGUGGUUUGGGUUGCUGCCAUGACAUGGGUUCAGUGCCUGGCCUGGAAAUUUCUGCACACAGCAGGUGCAGCCAAGAAAAAAUUAGCAGGGGUGAUUUUAUCUUUGGGGGUCCUUGUGGGUUGCUUCAGCCAUUGCGAUGUCUCUGAUUCCUGCGUUAAAACCCAGGAUGGGAAAAGGUUCAUGGUUUUUAGACAUCUUGGCCCUUGGGCUGCUUUUUGCUCAGCCCCCAGUUCUGGCUGGCUUCCCGGAGGCUUAAGAAGGGAAUUUUGUUCAGGCUCGUGGCUCCCGACGUCCCGUGGCUCCAGCCAGGGCAGAGUUUUUUCUGGAUGUCUCUGGCCGUGGAUGUUGUCAGGAGAUCAAGGGUGGCGGAAAGCAGCUUCACCUGCGCUUUGUCCUGGAAUGACCGUGUUUGCCUCCCUGUGGCAGGUCCCCCCAGCUCUCUGUGCUUCUAGGAGCAGGGCCUCGGGUCCCGGCUCUAUGUUGUGUCUCCUCUCUGCUCCCAGGCUGGAAAAAAAAAAAUCAGCCCCAGAGCUGUGCCCCCUCCCCGCCGGGCUCCCAGAUGUCCUGAAAUCCUUGGCUUGUCUGAUCGCCUGAGAACCUGUGCCCCCCGCCCCGCCAGCCUCCUCUCUCUGUUUCUCAUUCGUUUCCUAAGCCUUGGGUUGGCCGGCGCGCCUUACCUGGGUUGUGGGUUUUUUGUUUUUCUUAUUUAAUGCUUUCGAGUUUGGCUCUUGUUCAAGAAGCUCUAGAAAUAAACAAACUCCUGAGUUAUCUGUC